AUGGCGUCGAGGAAGAAGAAUGGCAGCGAGCCAUCAGCGCCGGGGGCGGCGCCGGGCCACGACGAGAAGGUUCCGAGGGGGCACGUCCCGAUGGUCACCAGCGGCGGCGAGCGCGUGGUGGUGCCCGUCAGGCUCCUCGCAGUUCCCUGCAUCGCGGAGCUGCUGGACAUGGCGGCGCAACGGUACGGGUACGGCCAGCCGGGCGUGCUCAGGGUACCAUGCGAUGCGGUGCAUUUCCGGCGGGUCCUGGAUUGCACGCUGCGGAGAGCCGGCUAG